GAAAAACCUAUGGUGGGCAAAGACGUUGAUGUGAACAAUUUUCUGCGUUCGUACGAUUUUGUUAACCCUUACGAACAGGUUAUCAAGGUGUCGAGUCAUGAUGUCCUUGCUUAUGUAACACCAUGGAACUCGAAAGGAUACGAGAAGGCGGAGUUUUUUGCAAACAAAUUCACCAUAAUCGCUCCUGUUUGGUUCCAGCUGAAACCUUUUGCAUAUGAAAUUAUUGGCUAUCAAGAUUUUGAUCGGAAGUGGAUAGAAAAAGUUAAAGCUGUUAAGGACGAUGUUAAAUUUGCACCAAGGGUCAUUUUUGAGGAUUGGGGAGCUGGUGAUUACCAACGCAUGCUCUCCAUUGACAAGAACAGGAUAGAUUGUAUUAGAACGCUUCGUGCGUUUGUCAAGACUAAUGCGUUUGAUGGACUUACACUAGAGGUGUGGAUGCAACACUUUGGAACAUCGCAGAAUAUUUUGAUUGACUUUUUGAUUGAACUCGCCAAGGGUCUUCAUGCAGAUGGGAAGAUCCUUAUUCUACCCAUUCCGCCGUCUGUCUAUAAAGGAAACUUGGAGGGACGAUUUGGCAAAACUCAUUUUGACAUGCUGGUAAACUACAUCGAUUUCUUCAGUCUAAUGACCUAUGACUACUCUAAUCCCUCUGCACCUGGCGAGAAUGCCCCAAUUAGUUGGGCAACUCAGUGUGUCAAAAACCUUGUCCCAGAUGAAAAUGGUGGUAAACACCCAUCUACAAAACGAGCCAAAAUACUCCUCGGUGUUAAUUUUUAUGGAUAUGACUAUGAACCUGCCAAGAGACAGGGCAGGGCUGUCCUGAGUCAUGAGGAUGACAGCCAAGUAAAUCAUUCGCUUUUCUUCCCCACUGCGUAUUCCGUUGCAAGGCGAGUUGCAAUAGCAGAAGAACUUGGGGUCGGACUCUCCAUCUGGGAAAUUGGACAAGGCUUUGAUAGUUUAUUUGAGCAGCUCUAG